AGCCGUCCGCGGCGGGAGCGGCGGAGGCGGCGGGAGAGCGCGCGGUGGAGCCGCUCCGAAAGCCCGGGCCCCUCGCGCAGCAGCCCCGGAGCCCAGCGCCGCACACCCAGGCCGCCCGCGCCGUCCGUGCGCCCCCGCGCUCCGUGCCCUCCGAGCCGCGGGCCGUCCAGGGCGCCCCCAGCCCCAGCCCCAGCCCGGCCGGGUUGGCCGCAGCCCGCGGCUGAUCGAGCCCGGGGGGGCCCCAUGGGCCGGCCUGCGCCGCGUCCCCCCCGCGGCCGCCCCCUCCGGCCCGGGCCCCCCCGAGCGCCGCGGGCCCAGGCGGCCCGGAUGGCGGUCGCGGCGGCAGGGGCAGGGGCUGGGGCCGGCGCAGGCGGCAGGCGCGGCCACCACUGACGGGUAGUCGGGCACCCCGAGCAGGGACCAUUGAGUCUUGCCUCGACGGAGGCCAAGUCCUGCCCCUCCUGCGACCUCAGUUUCCCCACCACGGGAACUUGCAGGGGCCUUCUAGGGGGAAGGAGAGGAGCAGGGAGCCCCGUUGCUGUCAGCCCUGGGGGCGGAGCCCCGGUCCGCUGCUGCCGCCGGCCAGGCCCACAGACAGACGGAGGCCGUGGGGCUGACCAUCGCGUGCCCACAGGCCGAGGAUGCAGCGCUGGAAGGCGGCAGCCUUGGCCUCGGUGCUCUGCAGCUCGGUGCUCUCCAUCUGGAUGUGUCGGGACGGCCUGCUCCUCAGCCACCGCCUGGGACCCGCACUGACGCCACUACGCCGGCCACCUCGCACCGUGGACGCCCGGAUCGCCCGCCUGGCCCAGUAUCGUGCGCUGCUGCAGGGCGCCCCGGACGCGGUGGAGCUGCGCCAGCUGACGCCCUGGGCCGGCAGGUCCCCGCGUCCGCACCGUCGGGCGGGGGCCCGGCGGAGGCGCGCGCGCGCGCGAUCGGGGGCGCGGCCGUGCGGGCUGCGCGAGCUCGAAGUGCGCGUGAGCGAGCUGGGCUUGGGCUACGCGUCGGACGAGACGGUGCUGUUCCGCUACUGCGCAGGCGCCUGCGAGGCGGCCGCGCGCGUGUACGACCUGGGGCUGCGGCGGCUCCGCCAGCGGAGGCGCGUCCGGCGGGAGCGGGUGCGCGCGCAGCCCUGCUGCCGCCCGACGGCCUACGAGGACGAGGUGUCCUUCCUGGACGCGCACAGCCGCUACCACACGGUCCACGAGCUGUCGGCGCGCGAGUGUGCCUGCGUCUGAGCCUACCUCACCGGGACCGGCCGGACGGCGGCCCCCCCUCUACCCCUGCGCGGCGGCGCCCCCACCCACCCCGCCUGGCCAGGCCCGCGGCGACGGACUGCGCGUGCGCAGCAGGUGCCGUCCAGGCCUCCGGACUGUCCAGUUACUGCACCGAGAUAAAGUGUGGAAAAUG